AGGUCUGUGGAGGACUGGCUGCGGGAACGGCGGCAGAGGCACAGCUACAUUCAGAAGCUUAGUGUGACAGGGACAGCAACGAGGAGCUGUAACGCAGAAAAAUAGUUUUCCACAAGUGACAAAGAUGGUCAAUGCUGAUCUUAUCUUUGGUGGAAUAGAAGGAGGCGGCACACACUCCUGGGUGGUGCUGGUGAACGGCAGCGGCCACAAGAUUGCCGAGCUCGAGGGGCCUUCCACCAACAAAUGGCUGCUGGGCGAAGUCGAGUGCCUGAAAAGGGUGUGGCAGCUCGUGCAGGACGCCAAGAAGCAAGCAGGAGUGCCAUCUGAUACCGUCCUCGAGGCCCUGGGUCUCUGUAUGAGUGGGUGUGAAGAAGAGGAAACCAACAAGGAAUUAGAAGCUACAAUCCUAGCCCAAUAUCCUGCCUUGGCCCGCCAUGUCACCGUCACAUCUGACACAUAUGGCUCCAUUGCAACUGGUUGUCGAAAAGGUGGGAUUGUACUGAUCAGUGGAACAGGAAGCAAUGCUUUACUAGUGAACCCAGGUGGCCGCAUUGCACGCUGUGGUGGUUGGGGCCACAUUUUGGGUGACGAAGGUGGAGCAUUCUGGAUAGCUGCACGAGGUAUAAAGAUUCUGUUUGAUGAAGAAGACAACUUGAUUGAUCCCAUCUUUAGCACAGAGAAGCUGAGAAGUGUUGUCUACAGCCACUUUGACAUCAAAGACAGGUAUGGGAUGCUGGAACAUGCUUAUACAUACUUUGACAAGUCUAAGUAUGCAGGUCUCACAGCAAAGAUUGGGAAGGCAGCUAUGGAAGGAGAUCCAAUGUGUGGUCGCAUUAUGUAUGAUGCAGGAUAUGCCCUUGGUCGCCACAUCUCUGCACUCUCUCGAAACAUUGAUCCUGAGCUGUUCUUGGGAGAAAAUGGGCUCCAGAUAGUAUGUGCUGGAUCUGUAUGGAAAUCGUGGGAGUUACUACGUCCUGGCUUUCUAGAUGGAGUGAAGCCUCAUUGUGAGAAGGAUGUACCUGUGCCAAAGUUCACUUUGGUAAAGCUUAUGGUAACAAGUGCUAUGGGGGCCACUUAUAUGGGAGCAGAGAAGGCAUCUUACAACUUGCCUCGUGACUACAGCAAGAAUGUUUCCCCAAUAUUCAAUUAUUUGCAGAGCAGUCAUCUGAUUUCCACUGAACCUCAGAAAUCCACAUUCUUUACUAGUGAAUGUGGCUCAAGACAUAAUGGGGAGAUCCAUAAUGAAUCAAGUACUAAUGGAAGUGUUAACGGAGAAAAUGGGCAUACUAAUGGAAAAAUGAACGGACAGAUCAAUGACAUAAUUCAUGAAAUAAAAUCCAAAGCUAUUGAAAAGCCAAUAAGUGCCUAGUCUCUCGUUCUUUUCUCUGUAUGUACGAGUAUGUAUGUAGGUAUUAUAUAAGUGUAAACACCUUUUUUUUUUCAGAUUAAGUGAGGUGUGUGUGUGAAUGAAAUCUGAAAUCAGUGUAGGAUAGCAAGGCUUUACAGUGUGUAUGUUUCAGCAUAUAUAGUUUUGAAAGGCAGAGUACGUGUUUUGCAUUGGAUAGCCUUAGUCACCGGACAGCAGCCUGGCAAGCUGCAAAAUUACUUACAACUUUUGUGACAUCCAGAACUUCAAUAGAACUUGGUGGUAUAUACUGCAAAGCCAGAUUUUCUUUGUGUUUUGAGUUUAACCUCAAAUGCAUUGACAUAUUACAAAAUAUCCACAUAGUUUUAUUUAGUAAAGAAUUACAGUAUUAAUGCAGCACUUAAUGUUAGAAUUUCACUCUAACUAAUCACAAUAAGAACAUUUAUCUUUAUUAUUAUUAUUAUUAUUUAUUUAUCUAUUUAUUUUUUUAUCAGCACAAUAGUGAUCAGUAGUGCAAUGUGAUUUGGAGACUUACCUUCAUGUAUAGUGGUUUGGUUUUAUCCAAAGUGUGAACAUUGCAACUUACUAACACAUCUGUGAUUGUGGUAGCACAUUAAUGACUUGCUCUAAAUUCUCAGUUUGAUAUAGUGAAUUGCAGAAAAAAUGAGAAAUACAAAUGAAGUUGGUGCUGUUGUAGGAUCAGGAAAUGGAGAUGGUGACAG